AACGGUGAGGGAUAUUUAUUUAGCAGUCUCUCCCUGCACAGGCACCUUGGGUUGGUGGUGUCAUUUGCCCUUUGUCCUUAGUCUUCACACAGGAUUCCUCCUUCCAAGUUCCAACUUUGGUGUCUUCUCUUUUGCCCUUCAAGCCCAGGUUGGCGAUGGCUCCCCCUGUUGUUAGCUGGAGGUACUGCAUGCUCCCUUAUGCUGUGCCUGCAGCUUGCUCCCACGUUUAUAAAUGGCCCCUUGAUAAACAGUUUUUCUCAAAAUAUUCUAACUUGAAUGUGCAGUUUUCUGCUGGCACCGUGGCCGAUAGGCUCCUUGCUCAUGUCAGUCUAUUUUAUGCUGCAGUAACAGUACCACAGUUAAGGUCAUUGUUUAUAACGAACAGAUACUUAUUUGGCUUGGGGGUUUGGAGGCUGGCAAGCCCACAGUUGGGGACCAUAUCUAGAGAGGACCUUCUUGUUGCAUUGCAGCGUAGCAGAGGACUUUACAUGGCAAAACAGCAAGAAAGGACCGAAGUUGCUUCUGUAACAAACACCUCUCAGUAACGAGCCUACCUCCUCCGUGUCCUUCUUAACCCAUUUACAAGGCAGAGCUCUGAUGAUGACUUCAUCACUGCUUAAAGCCCCAGCUCUCCCCACUCUGGGACUGGGGACUGUUUCUGACGCUUGAUCGCCGAGGGGACACCUUGAAACCACAGUGUGCAGCCGUCCUACACCUGGAAAUUCUCCACACUCAGACCUGCACAUGGGCAAGGGGUGCCCGGCUCCUGGGAGGGUGGGGCAGGCUGCAACCAGGAAAUUUGACUGUUUCUCCUGGGUUCUUUUGGUGCCCUACUUUUAUUUUACAAUCUAAUUAGAAGUGUUAGAAUUUUGAUAUCCUAAUACUGAUUUCCUUUCAGGUGUAAAAGGAAGGAAAGGACUUAACCAACUAACAAAGAUGCUUCUGAGUCACCAGGCCCCAGCCCUCGGAUUGCUUUCCCUGUGCCUCAUGGUGUAUGUGAGCCUAGCAUUGAACACCUCACAUAAUACCCCUGAAUCUGCAGCUGAAAAGUGUAAUUUCAAGAUGACAUUUAGAAAAUACCGGCUGAUCUUAUCUUGGGAGUUGAAAAACCGCUCCGUUGUACCAACUUACUAUACAUUUGGGUACACAAUCAUGAGUAAGCGAGAAGGUAUGAAGACUGUGGAGAACUGUACAAAUAUCACCAGAUCAUUUUGUGACCUCACAGAUGUGUGGCAAGACAUGCCUGAGACCUACAUCCCCAUGGUGAAAGGAUUCAGAGGGGAAACGCUGUUGGUCCUGUGCCUGGCUGCUAUCACGAACUUGGACUUGUCUUUUCAGCCACCAGACUUCAGGAUCGUUGGCUAUGCAGACCACAUUAACGUGUCAGUGCAGUUUCCACCUGUGGCCCCCAAGAUAUAUGGGGAAGAGCUACACCGUCACGCGUCACUCAUCAUCGAGGAACACUCAGAGGACAUUGAUAAGAGGCAUGAACCCAAAAUAAGUGGAAGCUUCAGUGGAAAUUUCAGCUAUGUCAUUAACAAUUUAAUUCCAAACACAAACUACUGUGUAUCUGUUUAUUUUGAGCCAAGAAACUCAAGAAUAGUAAUAAAACCUCCCUUAAAAUGUGUCCUCCUUCAGCUUCCCCAAGAAUCAGGGUCAUCAAAAUCUAUCAAAAUAAUAGUUUUUAUUGUGAUUUUUAUAUCAGUGGCCAUAAGCAUCAUCUUAAUACUGAAACAGAUUGGAUAUGUAUGCUUACACACUGAGUUUCCCAAAGCCUUGAUUUUUCGUAACUUUGUAGUCCAGAUAUUUCCUGAACGACCACUGUCAGAAGAAGUAAAUAUGCUGGAGGUCAUUUCCGUCCACCGAAAGAAGAAAGUAUGGGAUUAUAAUUAUGACGAUGAAAGCGACACCGAAGAUGAAGCCCCUCUCAGAACAAAUGCCAGGGGUUACACCAUGCAUGGCCUGACAGGCCGGCUUCUGAGCCAAUUCCGCCCCUCCUCAGCCUCCUCCCAGGCCUCCCAUCCGGAAGACCCAGCCGAUGAGGAGUCCGAGGAGCCCGACAAGGAGACUGAGCCCCUAUUUCAGCCCCUUGCAGCACAAGGGCCCAGUCCAGGGCAGAGGGAAGGCCCACGUGAGAGGGCAGAAGGUCUGCCCCACAACCGCUCUCCCAAGGACGACGACAGCAACUCCACUGGGGGAUCUGGGGACAAAAUUACCUUCAAUGUGGAUUUGAACUCCGUGUUUUUGAGAGCUCUCCACGAUGAUGCAGAAGACUCUGAAGAAGCCGCCCUAGUGUUACCUCCCCAAGAAGAGGAUCCCCAGGAGACAGAAUCGAGCCUUCUGGUGCCCCAUGGGAAAAAGCUACAGGUACUGUUCCCCAGCCUCCCUCCUGGGUGCCUGUGGACUGGAGGUGAUCUCUCUGAUAAAAGUGACACCACCAGUUCUGGUGCGGACGAUGACGUCAGGGAUGGUUAUAUCAUGAGAUGACGCCCUGAACUGAGAAACCCCCACAGGAUUCUCUCCUGGAGCCCUAACCUGGGGCCUUGUGGUUUGCCAAGUGUCCUGUGAGGAAAGGAGUAGGGAACUGUAGAGUGCCCAGUUCUUCAGGUGGCCUCACCUAUGCAAAUUCCCACUAUGGAAAACAGUGUUGGCCAGGCAUGGUGGCUCACGCCUGUAAUCUCAGCACUCGGGAGGC